GGAACCGAGUAGUUAAUUUCCCGCCCGCCCGGCAAAAGCUCUGAAGAUAAAACGGGCUCAUAGGUUCAUAUAUAAACCCUAACCGGCGGAACCCAUCGAUCUCUAUUCUCCACUGUCUCUCUUCAAUUUCCCCCUUAGUCCAUCUCAGAGGGAAAGCCGGCGACGCUCUCCGUCUAGCGAACAACACUGUUGCAGGUCUUCAACUGAGUCUCUUACUCUAUUUCCUAUUGACUGAAUCUGUAUAUUGAACCCUGCGAGCGCUUCUUCAAGCCUUUUUACCGGAGGACUUUUUUCCCCCUUUCUUUUUUUGUUGUAUUAUGAAGGCUCUUCGUAGUUCGAAGCAUGUCGCGGAGAUUUAAGCGGAAGGAGGAGGAUGAGGGCCCGUCUGAGGACGGCCAUGGUGCUCCUCCGAAGAAAGCUCCGAGGACUGAUUCCUCCGAUGAUUCUGACGAGAUCGUUGUCUGCGAUAUAUCUCACAAUAGGAGAGUGAAAGUGAGGAACUGGCAAGGAAAGGUUUGGGUUGACAUUCGUGAGUUCUAUGUGAAGGAUGGGAAACAGCUCCCUGGCAAAAAAGGCAUAUCAUUGAGUGUGGAUCAGUGGAAGAUGCUCAAGGAUCAUGCAGAAGAGAUCGACAAGGCACUUGCUGAAUCUUAGGAGCAUAUGGAACUAGCUGUUGUAAAUAGUGCUAGUCUGAGAGGGUGGUCGUGCUGUGCUCUUGGAAGUGACCUGAACUAUGACUUAAGCUCGAUUGAAGCUGAAAUGUGGAGGCUUUUUGUGGGAAUGACUGGGAAUGAAUAAUCCAUUCGUACUUUCCUGUCAUCAAAUCUUUUUGUGUAUUGCAGAACUUCCAUCAUUUGCUGAAGCCAGGGCAUUGGCACGCGACUCUGUUGAAUUGUUAUGACAUGCCUCCCGGAAAUCUGUAAUCUCAUUGUGGACUUGAAUUUGGCUCAUGCUUUGUAUUUUGAAUCCUGCAGUUAGGCCAGUCAUGUGAAUCUCUGCUGCAUACUUUCAUGUUCAAGUUCUGGAUCCUAUAACCAUUCGUUUAAUCAUUGAUGGUGGUUUGGAGCAGGUGUAUAUUGCAGUUCUGUUCAGAUCAGAUUGGAUAUUAUG